AACGACGACGACCCGGCCGCGCAGGUCACCGUCACGUUCGUCGACCGCGAGGGCGCGGAGCGUGUCGUCACCGCAAAGCCCGGCUUGUCGCUGCUCCAGAUCGCACACGCGAACGCCGUAGACCUCGAGGGCGCGUGCGAGGGCAGCCUCGCAUGCUCCACGUGCCACGUCUACCUCGAGCAGAGCGCGUUCGACGCGCUCGAUGACCCCUGCGAUGACGAGAACGAUAUGCUCGACCUCGCGUUCGGCCUCUCGGAAGUAUCACGCCUGGGAUGCCAGGUCAAUGUCACCACUGAUCUUGACGGCAUUCGAGUAACGCUCCCCCCUGCCACACGAAAUAUGGCCGUCGACGGAUUCGUCCCGCAACCGCACUAAAAAACUAUAUUCAUUAAAAUCCUGGACAUCACAUCGUCGCAUCACAGAAGAACACUACAAUCUACCCGUCGUCCAUACCUCAUCACCUGUGUACCGCAUUCCCCCCCAUCAAGCGCUCCUUCACGUCCGCGACCAGCCGAGUGGGGUCCUCUUCCAGCUCCCUCAUCGCGGCCUGUGGGUCCGGCUGCUUCUGAAUCGAUGCCACAAGCAUAUUCAUGAUCUCCGUCCGGCUCGCGUACGCCUGUUUCACAGCCGGUGUCGCCAUCACCGGUGGCAGCCUUGAUCCCCGACCCGUCCGACCCACGUGUUGCGGUGCCGGUCGUCGAAUCGCACUUCCUUGAAAUAUUGCCUUCGUCCGCGUGGUCGCGGUCUUCGCCGCCGACCUUUGCGGCCUCGUCCGCAUGGACGUCUUCGGCACUGCAAACUCUUUUUGCUGCUCCCGAAACGCCCGUUUGGCCUUCCGUGCAGUCGCUGUCACUUCGUCACGACGAGCUUGAUCAUGUGGCGUUCUGGCGGGGUGUGCAAAGGGAUGCGGCUCGUCGCUCAUGUCUUCUUCGUCGAGCACUAGUCGCACAUGGCGAGACGUAUCGUUCAUCAGCAGUUUGCGCGCAUCGGCACCGUAUUUCGUCACGUAUUCAGAAAAUGCCAUAUCCAACACUCUCUGCGGAUAGUUUUUCAAUUUGAUGACACCCAACGCACUCACAAGUGCGGUUUGUUG